AUGGAAAACGGAAAGCACACAUCAGAUUUUAUUCUUCUAGGACUCUUUAACAUCACAGGAGCCCACCUCUUCCUCUUUGUGUUGAUGCUGACAGUUGUCUUCAACUCUCUGAUUGGGAAUUCCCUCAUGAUCUUCCUGAUUCACCAGGACCGCCACCUUCACACACCCAUGUACUUUCUACUGAGCCAACUCUCCCUCAUGGACAUGAUGCUGGUUUUCACCAUUGUGCCCAAAAUGACUGCUGACUACUUGACUGGAAAUAAGUUCAUCUCCCCUGCUGGCUGUGGGCUACAGAUCAUUCUCUUCCUCACCUUGGAUGGUGGAGAGUCCUUCCUCCUGGCAGCCAUGUCCUAUGACCGCUAUGUGGCUAUAUGUCACCCUCUGAGGUAUCCCAUCCUCAUGAGCUGGCAAUUGUGCCUGAGAAUGACAUUGGGGUCUUGGUUUCUGGGAGCAGCUGAUGGGUUUAUGCAGGCUGCUGCUACCCUGAGCUUCCCUUUUUGCAAAUCACAUGAGAUUGAUCAUUUCUUCUGUGAGCCACCCACACUGUUGCACCUGGCUUGUGCUGACACAUCUGUCUUUGAGUAUGCCAUGUACAUCUGCUGUGUGUUAAUGCUUCUGGUCCCAAUCUCCUUGAUCCUGACUUCCUACAGUCUCAUCUUAGCUGCUGUUCUCCAAAUGAGAUCUACAAAAGCCCUCAAGAAAGCUUUUGCCACCUGCUCAUCACAUUUGGCUGUGGUGGGACUCUUUUAUGGAGCUGCAAUUUUUAUUUACAUGAGACCCAAAACCUACAGGUCAGCAAACCAUGAUAAGAUUGUGUCAGCUUUUUAUACUAUCAUCACCCCUGAUUUGAACCCCCUCAUCUACAGUCUGAGGAACAAUGAGGUCAAGGAAGCCUUACAGAAAUGUAUGUAUCAGUGUAUUGCCUUAACUCAUGAGUAA